AUGCACAUUUAGCACAGUCGAUGUACAUAAUGCCUGAAGCUAUAAUGAUCAAGAAGGUGGUUUUGCAUGAUGAGACCACUUGUUGUGUGAAGUCGGAGCUUCAGAUCACUCUGCAAGUUGAUGCAGUAGCCGAGAACAUCAAUGGAGAAAGUGGGAGUAAGUAUUCAAUCCUGACGAAGCUCUUCAGGGAAAGGAUUGUUGACUUCUACAAUGGCCAUCCACAGGAAGAUGAGGUCCCUGAGGUGCAAUUGCCACAUCCAUUUAACCAAACAAAGCCAAGUGUACUUCCAAGAGCCUCAAACUUCAAUUUCGAACCAACACGCACUGAGUCUACGUCAAGUGCCGCUACCCAGCAACAAUUCUUAGUGCCGUCUCACAUACCCCGAUCUUUUCGCAGGUGGUUUUCUAAGAAAAUUCCCAUUCCUGCUUCAGAGAAAACUCCUCUUAUGUGUCUCAGCCAAGCUUGGCCUAAAGAUGAUCUCUCUGUUUCUGCUGCUUCGUCUCCCAUAAAAUGCACCUCAAAUCCACCCAUAAUCAAGAAGUCUUUGCUCUGUUCUUCCAUUUCAAACACCUUAUCGAGCAACUGUAGAAUUUCUGAAGAGGAAACCCACAUGUUGGUAAGAGCUGACAAUAGUCCUCCAAAGGAACCAAAUAUACCGGAGGAGACACCUACAAAAACAGUUUCCACUCCCUUGAGGUUAAUGUGUAAUACGCCAGAGCUUCCCACACCAAAGAGACGUAGGCCAUCCCCUAGCUGUGAUUCUACACCGUUGAACGAAUCUUUGAAGCGUUCAACGCGGACAAAACUGUUUAUGACUCCAGAAAAGAGCGCAAAAGCAGGGGAGGAAGAGAACACAGGUAGAAGUGUGUCUUCUGCUGCUGCUGAUGAUGAUGAUGAUGAUGUUCUCGAUAUUCAACCUGAAUCACUCUUGUAAUCGUGUCAAUAAGAGAUCAAAUCUAGAAGAGAUUCGACAAAGGUUACCAGAAGCAGAGUCAGAGGACGCACCUAAAAGGCCUUUUUAUCUCCCGCCAAUGGACUCGGUACUACCGAUGACGCCAAUUAGAUCCACUAGUUGAUUGUUCUGUGUUGGGACGACUCCUCUUCUCAUAGCUUACAUUUGACAAACAAGCGAGAUCUCGAAAAAUAUUAAGAUUGGAGAUGUACAUAUUGACUUCCGAUCAUCUAUUACUGUUGAAACACAUUAAAAGAAUGGAAUUAUGUUUAAUUUUUUAGUAUAAAGAUUUCUCUACU